ACCCCAAAUCCCAAAACCCUAGCUCAGCUCUUGGAAAAAACCCUAGCGAGCCCUCCCGUUUCCUUAUAUAAUCUCUAUCUAGAAUCUACCAAUUAAUGUACUAUAAAUCUGUCUCUGGCCGCUCUUAGGAUUUCACUUCUCUGGGGUCUGAGCAUUGUUUUCGCCUCGUUUCUUCUCGUUUCCUUCUUCUUGCUCUAGAGAUGGAGAUCGCUUUGAGAAGCGCUGGCAACAAUGGAGCUGCUGAUUUCGAGAGGGUUUUAACCUCAAUGGUGGAAUCUUCUGUGCUUCAUACUGUUUUGGUUGCAGCAAAGUCUCUUCUUCGCCUUCUCGCCUUGACGGAGAUGGGCUCCUUGUCUCAUGAAACCAAUACAUUGGGUACAGAGGCUGAAGUCAUGACUGGGUUGCCUGUAGUUGUCAUGGGGAAGAACAAAGCUGAACCUGAGAACAAGGAUGCUGGUGACUCGGAGGAUGAUGAUGGUGAUGAGGAGGAUGAUGCUGAAGAUGACCAAGAUGUUGAUGAUGAUUCGGACGAUGACGGGAACAAUGAUGAAGGGGAAGAAGACGAUGAUGAUCCCGAGGCAAAUGGUGAAGAGGGAAGUGAUGAUGAUGAUGAUGAGGAUGACGAAGAUGAUGAUGAGGAUGACGACGACGAUGAUGAAGAGGGGGAUGAUGACGAGGAAGAAGAGGAAGAUGAAGAGAUUCCUCAGCCAGCCUCUAAGAAGAGGAAAUGAACUAUUAAUAUGAGCAGUGUUUUUUUUUUGUGUAGGAAUAGCAGGGGGUUUAAUUAAACAGUAGAAAGGAUGAAUACCAUGUUGUGAAAUCUUAAAAUGGUUUUAUUUUGUCGUUUGACUCGGAAUGAAAUUGGAGGUUCCUCCUCCAUUAGACUUGUGUUGUAGUUUCUGUGGCAUCCCGCGUAUGCUUUCGGCUUGGAUGCAUCCUUCUUCUUAUUCUUCUUUUUUAUUUUAUUUUGUUAUUAUUUUAAAUAGUGGUCUUGUUGGAUCUUCAAUUCA